ACAAUGGAACAUAAUACAAACAACUCAGAACCUCCAUUCGAAGAGACAUAUAAGAAUCUCUUUCUCAAACACAACAUUAUUUCACUACCCCUCAUAACCACCCCCACCACGAACACAAUCAAAGUGCACGACUUACCCCUAAUAGACUUAGGGCAGCUGGUGGCUGGCACGGCCAAAGAGAGAGAACAAUGCAAGAUAGCAAUCGCGGAAGCCUCUAGGGAGUGGGGGUUCUUCCAAGUGGUGAACCAUGGCAUAUCGCGCCAUAUCUUAGAGGAGAUGACCAAGGAACAAGUGAAGGUGUUUAGGGAACCAUUCAACAAGAAAAAAGAAGAUAAUUGUAUGAACUCAAGGCUAUCUCCUGGAAGUUACCGUUGGGGUUCUCCUACACCAAAUUGCUUAACACAAUUAUCUUGGUCCGAAGCCUUUCAUAUUCCUAUGACUGAUAUUUGCAACACUGGUUCAACAAAUAUUGGCAAUUGCAAUCCUCAAGUUAGCAAUUUAUGCUCAACGGUGAAACAGUUUGCCAAUAUUGUAUUUGAAUUGUCAAAUAAUUUGGCAAAUAUAUUGGCUGAAAAAUUGGGGCAUGAUGAAUUGACCUUUAUUGAGAACAAGUGUUUGUCAACUACUAGCUAUCUAAGAAUGAAUCGAUACCCUCCAUGCCCUAAAUAUUCUCAAGUUCUUGGCUUGAUGCCACACACAGACAGUGACUUCCUCACAAUUUUAUACCAAGAUCAAGUUGGAGGAUUGCAGAUUAUUAAAGAUGGAAAAUGGAUCUCAGUUAGACCUAAUCCCGAGGCCCUUAUUGUCAAUAUUGGAGAUUUAUUCCAGGCUUGGAGCAAUGGUGUGUAUAAGAGUGUGGUGCAUCGAGUUGUUGCAAAUCCAAGAGUGGAAAGGUUUUCAAUUGCGUAUUUCUUGUGUCCAUCACGUGAUGGAGUUAUACAAAGUAUCAAAGAGCCUUCUAUUUAUAGGAAGUUUAGCUUUGGAGAGUACAGACAACAAGUUCAACAAGAUGUUGAAGAAUUUGGUCAUAAGAUAGGACUUUCUCGUUUCCUCAUUUCUAACUAAAACCCACAUAUAAUGUCCACGUUGAAGGAUAACAUACUACUAUACUAGCCUACUAGGAUGUUUAUGUAUCAAUGUACGAACUUCAUGUGCCACCUACCUAUUUUCAUGUACUUCAUAUCUUCAUUAGGAAUGACAACUGAUCGGAUUCGGGUCGGAUGUGGCUAAAUCCGAAUCCGAUCCGUUUAGUAAACGGACCCUGGACACGGAUCUAAAUCCAAGUCUGAAUCCGAAAAAUCCGAGUCCGAAUCCGAAAAAUCCGAGUCCGAAUCCGAUCCGACUAGUAAUUUUCGGAUCCGAAUCUGGUCCGUUUAUUCGGACCUCCGAAAUGGUCCGAAUAUUUUUUUUAUUAUUUUUAUUUUUUGUAAUGUCAUAUACCUAUAAUUGCUUGUAUUGUCAUACCAAUUAAAGUAUAAACAUAACAUAUUUAAAUUAUAAACUAAGUUACAUAACAAAAUUUUGCUACAAAACAAGCAAAUAAUUGUCCCAAGUUAUAGAGCAUAUGCUUAUACUCUCGGAUUCGGACUCGGAUCGGACUCCGUCGGACUUUGCGUAGGGUCCAAGUCCGAUCCACCUCCUAUUCGGAUUCGGAUCUAUUUUAUCGGAUUCAGACUAGUUUUAAACGGAUUCGAAUCGGAUUUUUUCCUUCGGAUCAGAUCGGAUUCGAAUCGAACUCGGAUUAAAUUGUCAUCCCUAAUCUUCAUGUAUUUACUCGUAACCCAAAA